UUACAGCAAGACAGAAUUCAGCUGGAAAGCUGACAACAAUAUGGCUGUGAUCCUAUGGGCAAUGGGACUCUCUCUGCUCAUGCAGGGCUGUUUGUGCAGUCUCGGACAGACUGACAGAGGCUGCAUGAAAUGGAUCGCAAAAGGAGAUAAUGUUUGCUGUGAAGACUGUCACCCAGGAAAUCGCCUUGUCAUACAAUGUGGUCGGAGCCCAGAGGAUCUUUGCACCCCUUGUGAACCUGAGACAUUUACAGUGAAUUCUAAAGACCAGAAGUGUACUAGAUGUACACAGUGUGUAGGUGCUCAGGUCCUUGUGAAAGCGUGCACAGCCACAAAUGACACACAGUGUGGCUGUAUAGACGGACUCACCUGUGGUAAUAGCCAGUGCUCCUUCUGUGUUAAGACGUGUGGCAUAGGCGAGGAACCUACAAAGGAUCGUUCUUGCAGACCAUGUCCAGUUGGAACCUUCAAUAACCAAAUUCACCAGAUGUGUAAACCCUGGAAAAAGUGUCCCAAUCUGGGUCAGUAUAUCGAUACCCAGGGAGAUGCAUCCCAUGACAUUGUGUGUGGUAACGUGUCACUUGAUGCAACACACAACCCCAGCCCGCCUGGUUCCGCAGAACCAGCAUGGCUGGUCAUAUCUGUGCUCACAAGCAUAGCUCUCAUUAGCUUCAGCAUCAUCGUCAUCGUCACUGGGGCUGUGAAAAUUCUCCAGAAAAGAAAGAAGACAGAAAAGGCGAUCAGAAAAACACCAAUAAUCAGAACCCCUACAGAUGAACCUAUGACUUUAAGAGCCAUAGAGUGCAGUUUUCAUGAGGCCCAGCAAGAGCAAGGCAGCAGCUCAGAGUCACUGAACUCCAAAGACUCCUCAGACCCGCUCAUUGUAUGAAUGGACCAGGGACCAGGCAAGAAAUUGAAUUGAAGUUGAAUUCAGGUCAAUAAUAAGAUGUGACCCUUCUCUGUGAUGCUGAGCCACAAGUUUGAAUGUUGUCUUUGUAUUGCCAAUUAGCUUAGUUCUAAAUGAAACAAAGACAACACCAUGUACACCCAGUUGUUUUUUUUACCCACCCUUUUUUUCCUUUAUCCAGAUAACCUACGCUACUGUGAAAAACCUUGAUAGGUCAGGUUAGAGGUAAGGUUUUGCUCCAGGUUACAGUCUCUGUGAUACAGUACAUUUACACAUUGGAGGAAGGGGAAUUCUGAGAGGGAAAAAACAAGGUGGACUGUCAACAGUCUAAUCAUCAUGUAAAUUAUAGCAGACAGUGAGGUUGUUUUUCCCCCUUUCACUUAAGCUUGAAAGAUCAAGUAGUCCUAAAAUAGCAAUGGAAGGUUUUAAAUCACCCAGACUGAGUUUGACAAAACAACAUCUUACAUUAAACAACAAAGUCUUUUGAAACCAGAGGAAGGUUGGUUAACUACUUCUAAACUACAUUCAAACAGAGUAGUUGGACUUGUUAGAUGCCCACGCUACUGUAGGGUUUGAAUAAAUGUGAGUGAAUUUCACUGCACAGUUAUCUGUACGUCUGAGCAGUGAAGCUGCUGUGUUACUCUGUAUGAAUGUACUGUACAGUGCAGGUGGGUGUUCAGCUCAGUGCAAAACAUUUGACUACAGACAGGUUUUUAUUGACAGCUAAUGCUGAGCCCACACAUUCCACCCAAAAUAGAUGUUUUGUUCUGCUCAGGUUCCAUUGCUCUACUUAGUUAACUAUUGUUUACUGCUGACUUUGUACAUUGAUAACCCUGUUAUGUUGCAGCAGCCAAAGCAAGAACUGUGUCAAUCAAUGAUUUUAUGUGGUGAAACAUGAUUUAUCAAAGGAAAGUUUCUUACUUUUUGUCUGUAUUAUUUAAUUUUUUGUAUGGAUGGCAACUACUUUGUCUGAUACAUUGUGAAGAUAAUAAGAAUAGUUUUGUGCACUAUUGUAAUGAAAACUGUUACAUUGAAGGCAGUGUGGUAUAUAGCCUCUUCCACUCUACAUUAGAAGGAACUAUAUGGACUUUCCUGCUAUUGCUUAAUUUAAAUAGUCAAAAAGUCCAGUGAAGGGGGUUUCCCUUUCAGUGAAGUAAUCCUACAGUAAUCCCAAUACAUGUUAAGAUAAAGCACCAGGGAGUCUACAAUACAGUACUGAGAAUGCAUAUCUACAGUACUUAGGUCUUUUUUUUUUCAAUGAGGCAAAAAUUUGGUUAUAGUUCAGCAGCACUUAUUUAGCAAGUUGGGACAUGCCUCAAGAGUUUUGCAACAAGGCCUGGGUAUCCCAUGUAUAAUCUCCACAGAUAUUAGAGUGCAGAUGUGAUUAGUCACACGCUGCACCUUGAUUUUUGAGAUUCCUCAAAGUGAGUCAUGUGGGAAAUCCUCAGGACAACUAUGACACACAUUUGACAAACAUACAAGGCAUGCAAAAUAUGAAAAUGUGGCUCAAUGGUCAUGUGGGAACCCCCCCCCCCCGCCAGUACUGCCUUUUACUUUUGCUUAGCACAGUGGAGUGGGCAGUGAGAUGAGUCAAAGUGGAAUGUUUUUUUGUUUUCUAUUUCUUAACGUAUUAUUUCUUUUCUGAACUGUAGCAGGUGUAUGUUUCUUCUGAAAUGGAAAAUUUUAGAAAUAUACUAUGUGGGCUCAGAGUGAAAAUGUUAGCCCACACCUAUAGUAAUGUAUCAGUGACUACAUUAUUAGUCACAACUCGCGCAGAAUAAUUUCUGGCGGGAGACCACAAAGUUUGCAGGUGCUGCCUUGAGAAGAGUUACCACAGAACAGUCGAACAGUUAUACAGUAAAAUGUUCAGCUGUAGCACUUUAUUUCACCUGUUAACUGACUCGUGUAUUUCUGGUUAGCUUUAUAUGUGAAUUUAUCUCCAUCUCAUACUUUUUAAAUGACUUGUUUUUAUAAUAAAUGAUGAAGUUGAACUUUUGAUUACACUGUACGACAUGCAUUCUUUCACAUUGUACUUUUAUGACAUUUUUA